AGCCCUUGCAAUCAUCCCAUCGCCGAACUUGCCUUUGAGCCACCGCUAGAAAGAGAGGGAAGAGUUGCGCCGAGCGGCGCGAGUGGCGCGCGCGCCCAAGAGUUGUGGCACCAGGGCCGGAGUAUGCCAGGACUUUUGAAGAUGAAUACAAACGGCGCGAACGGAAUCGCUAGUACACGCGAGGGGGAUGGCAAAAAACGUACCCAUGACGGGAAAAUCGUCAAUGGCGAGCGCAACACUCCCCGCCCGGAGUCGUCUGCGGUUUCAACGACAGUGGCUGACCAGGUGGCCCAGCUGCCACCGGAGCUUGUUCAGGUUGCUGCAAGCUCAUAUCACCCCUUGUCCAAGUUGCUCGAACGCAUCAACCAGGAGUGUUUCAACGAUCUAAAUGAUGUCUUGAACUCAAUGUCAGAGAUACCCACCUCGAACCAAACCAAUGGCGCCAUGCCAAACGGCCUCGGAUCUUACAAUGCGGCGGCAAACACUGAGGCAAGCCAGCGCAAGAAACAGCUCAUGCUGAAAUUCGCGCACGAUAGCAGGACUAAGAUGAUCAAGCUGCUGGUACUUACUGAUUGGGGGCAGAGGUCUGCUGCAUCGGUGUCUAAGCUGAUAGAUAUUUUCAGUUGGACUAGAGAACAGACUGCGGAUCUGGAUAUUGUCGAUAUUCAAUUGCUGGAGAUGAAAUUGCUCUCUAAUGAAGCACGACAACGAAAUCCGGACAUCAGGACCGCCCUUGAAAUUCUGGCAACAAAAAAGGCUGAAUGGUUGCCUGAUAUGGGCUAUUCACCUCCAAAUCCCAUUUCAUCCGAAAAUGCGUUAGACCUGAUGCGCUACAUGAACACCUCCCUGUACAUACGGCUGACCGUCCACGAAAAGCUACCUCGCCAUCUUCAAAAAUGGCGUGUAGGGUCCGGCAGGGCGACAUUUAUCGUCGAAAACGAAUUUGAAUUCGACGUCAUGUCUUUUGUAGAAGACACCUCUGAACAGUGGCAUUUCAUCGAUUUCAGGGUGCUCUUUUCACCAGCUCCAGUAAUUGACGUCGACAGUCGAUUCCUACGCGAGCUGAAAUUGAUGAUGGACAGUAAUCUCGCAACGGAGGGCAAAGGAUUGGAGGAGUGCUUCAAUUUUCUCCACAACUUCACGUUGACCCACAAGAUCAGCGUGCUUAGAGCGCAAGCCAACGAAAUAUCUCGAGGUGCUUGGGCUGGCUCAUUACGAGUGGAAUCGCCACAUCGACAGCUGGUGCUGUACUAUUGGACUGACAAGCCCGGGAAGAAAAGUUGGCUUGAGAUCGGCAUAUCCAGCAAUCGAUCAAAAAAUGGCACAGAGUCAUGGCGAGGCCCGUCUAUACCAUCUUUGACUACACGCUGGUUUCGUCAAGGAGUUGAAGUCAAAGACACUGAUAUCAAGAUUGACUGGAAUGACAUCUCUGCCGAGCGAACGCUGAAACACGUUAUUGCGCUGCACGUUGGGCAUCUGAUCCGAACGGCGCGGGCGGGCAUGGACCAAAAUUCGGUCGUCAAAGAGUAUAUCUCUACUUCUGAGCCGGCUGAUUGCAUGCUCGAAGCAUCCAUGGGCGCCUCCGUAAACAAGAUCACUUUAUCGGUACAGCCUGCCAAUGGGAGAUACAUUCUACAACCCAUCACCAUGGUAUCAGCGCAAGCCGAGCAUGCCAUCAAUCGUCCACACAACCCUCCGAGUCCCAGCAAAGUUGUCACACAAUUAUUGGCCCAGUCGCUUGUGAGUCUCGUGCACCGAUGUGCUCAGCAACUUGGAUGGCAGCAAAUUGCACAGCAGUCCUUACGUCAUGACACGGUAAAGAUGGCGACCAAACAAGAUGUGAUACAGUUCGCUGUUUAUCGGCCUCGUGGGUGGUCCGCUCAAGGCGGCUCGAAAUGGGCAAUUGCUGCCGUUGUUAAUGCUGCGGGCGAAACCUGGUGGCUCUGCGAGAUGGGUCCAACGAAUAGCACGAUUGAGUUUGCUCAGCAAAUCCUCAUGGAGAAGCCAAAGGGCCAAUCAAGGAUCGAUCGCAGUACCUUGUCGGCUAUUGCAAGAGUUGCGGUAUCCACAUUAGCAUUCCACGUGAACAUUCAGAUGCUUAAACGAGAGCAAAUGAAACACACGUUGGCUAAUGAUUUUGCAGAGCAGCGACCCAAUACUACAAAGGGCGUGAUACGUGGUUGGGUGCUUCACCUAAAGACUUCGGAACUCCUGGCUACGAAAACCGGCGAAGACCCUUGGCUUGAGCCCAACAUUCGUUUGGUCUGUCACGGUUUGCGAAUGCAAUCUCACAGCGUAUGGCAUAUUGCAGUAGGGACUAUGAUACCCGCUGUAGCUGCUGAUAUGAAGAAGCUAAUGGCGUCUUCUCCCCAGCUCAACUUCAAUUUUUCAGAUAACGGGCAUUUCCAGAUAUUGUUAGACACACCAUUCGGCGAGGAAGUGAUCAGCAAACUGAAAUUAAGACUACGAGACAUAUAUCGUUUACGUAUCUUUGCAACAAUCCUUCGAAAGCGGAAGAUGCUUCUGGUCUCGUCGUCACUGGGGCACGUCAAAUUUCAGUAUGGCAAGGAUCUUUGGGCGACCGUCAGAUUCGAUACAGGGGAUGAGGUCCGGGUUGAAUUUUGCAAGAGCGCUCCACAUAUUCGUAUCCAGCGCCUACUUAACAACAUUCUCAACGAUAAGUCUUUGACUGCAGCAUCAAACCGUGGCGGAAUCGUCGGUCUGGAUCGAUUUUGCACUUCACUCCUUCUCACCCGGCCCAUCCUCACUGCUUUCGAUGGAAUUGAAGCUUCAAACGCAAAGACCUUCGGGAAUCCGAUCAUUCACGCACAUGCGAUUGGGGUCUACCGAAUCACCUACGCCAACCCAAUCUGUUCGUUUGACAUACGCCUCAAACCCAAAGGCGACAAAGCACUUUGGCUCAUCGAAGACAACGACAAAAAGCCAGCCGACUUGCGACCAAAAAACCAGCGUGCCCCGAAUUACAAACGGCGCGAGGAUCUCACUACCGCUCUCCGUACUCUAUUUUGGAAACGGGAGGAUCUUUGGUAUGGCGUAGGCAGUGGUAUCAUCGCCGAGCUCGACGGUAUUCCGGACGCUUUGAAGCACCUCAACGAGACUGUCGUCGCCUAUCACGAUGCAAAUGCUACGAACACUACAACUGCAACUACAACUGUAAAGACCAGUGCCAAAGAAAGUAAAGUGGCACCCGAGAAAACCAAUGGCGUGGCUGUUCAAAACAAACCCGGUGGUGGAGGCAGUGGGCCAGCUCAGCAUCAACGUCCUCCGUUCAACAAAACCAAUCCGAGCGGAAAAUCGCAGGUCAAGCGGGAAGUCAUUGAGAUCGACGAUUGA